CUCCCGGACAACCAGUGAUUAUUCCCGAGGACUGUUCGUGUGAAAAUAACAGUGUAACUAUAGCCUGGGCCCCGCAGAUGGGCAGCGUCGUGGAGGCCUACACACUGGAGCUUGAUGACGGGAAUGGAGGCGACUUUAGGGUGGUGUACGUGGGUCGAGAGAUGAUCUGCACAGUGGACGGCCUUCACUUCAACAGCAUCUACAACGCCCGAGUCAAGGCCCACAACCACGCCGGGGAGAGCGACUACAGUGACAUCAUCUCCUUGCAGACAGCUGAAGGUAGAGAUGUUCGAGAUCUCUCUAGCUUUGAUUGGUACGAGCUGGGAGGAAUCCUUGAACGUUUGUCCAAAGUCUGA